AUGGCGGAGGAGCAACCGCCGACGGCGCUGCCUCUUUCGGACACAGGAUCGGAAGCAGCGGCGGAACCAAGAUCGAUGAUCGAUUCUGAUGAUGAAUGUACAAGGCCGAGCCGCCAGCACGAGCAGCAACUUCCGACGAGGACGAAAAACUUGUUCGACAUCGAGGCCAGCGGCGGCGGCGACGUUCCAGCCCGGGCGGCGGACUGGGGGACGAUAAUGAGGCUGGCGUUUCAGUGCAUAGGAGUGGUGUACGGUGACCUGGGAACGUCGCCGUUGUACGUGCUGCCUGGAAUUUUCCCCGAUGGAAUCAAGCACAUGGAUGAUCUCCUCGGAGUGAUGUCCCUGAUUAUUUACUCCAUCCUCUUCAUCCCUCUGCUCAAGUACGUCCUCAUCGUCCUCUCUGCCAACGACAAUGGCGAAGACCAGAACGUCUCCAACUACAACCUCCCAACCCCAAACCGCCGCAACCAGCGCGCCUCCGCGCUCAAAUCCGCCCUCGAGACCAGCAAGCCGACCAAAUGCCUACUCCUCCUCAUGACAAUGCUCGGCGUCUCCAUGCUAAUCGGCGACGGCAUCCUCACCCCAGUCAUCUCCGUCCUCUCCGCCGUCAGCGGCGUCAAGCAGGCCACCGCCGCACUCGACGACGCCGCCGUCAUGUGGAUCUCCGUCGCCAUCCUCGUCCUCCUCUUCCAAUUCCAGCGGUUCGGCACCGACAAGGUCGGCUACACGUUCGCCCCUUUCCUCGUCCUCUGGUUCUUCUUCCUGGCGGCGAUCGGGAUCUACAACUUCGUCAGGUACGAUCCGGCGGUCGCGCUAGGGUUCAAUCCGUGGUACAUCGUCAGGUACUUCGAGAGGAACGGGAAGCGGGCUUGGGCUUCGCUGGGAGGCGUGGUCCUCUGCUUGACUGGGGCCGAGGCCCUGUUUGCUGAUUUGGGCCAUUUCCAUAUCCGGUCCAUUCAAAUCAGCGCCUGCUCUGUUCUGAUACCGUCGAUACUGCUGGCGUAUUUGGGACAGUGCUCUUACCUGCGUGUCCACCCUCAGGAUGUCGCCACUGUCUUCUACAGCUCCAUCCCUGAUUGCAAACCGUUGUACUGGUCGCAGUUCGUGGUGGCGGUGCUGGCGGCGGUGAUAGCGAGUCAGGCGAUCAUAUCGGCGUCGUUCUCGAUCGUGCAGCAAGCAAUGGCGAUGGGUUGCUUCCCGAGGGUGAAAGUGGUUCAUACCUCGGCCAAGUACGAAGGGCAGGUUUACAUCCCAGAGAUCAACACUUUCCUCAUGCUGGCCUGUGUUGCGGUUACCCUUGGCUUCAAAAACACCGUGAAGAUUGGCAAUGCCUAUGGAAUCGCCGUAGCGAUGGUGUUCGUGCUCACAUCAUGCUUCAUGAUCCUGAUAAUGGUGCUGAUAUGGAAGACCCACUUCGCACUGAUACUCCUCUACUGCCUCACCAUCGGCCUCAUCGAGCUCGCCUUCUUGUCCUCUGUCCUCUACAAGUUCGACCAAGGCGGGUACCUUCCUCUGGCCUUCGCACUCAUCCUCGUCUCGAUCAUGCUCGUGUGGAGCUACGGCUACCACAAGAAGUACAGCUACGAGCUUCAGAACAAGGUAUCUCCCGACCAGCUCGCGCGAAUCGUCACAGAUCCAAGAAUCCUCCACGUUCGAGGAUUGGGGCUGUUCUACACCCAGCUGGUUCAGGGCGUUUCCCCUGUAUUCACCCACUAUGUAGCAAGAGUACCCGUCCUUCACUCGGUCUUGGUGUUCGUCUCCAUCAAGUUCUUGCCCAUCAGCAGGGUUCCCUUGGAGGAGAGGUUUGUCUUUGAGGAGGCCUUCAAGUCGGAGAGGCAGCUGAUCUUUCGGUGCGUAGUGAGGUAUGGGUACAAGGAUGCAAGGAAGAAGGAAGAUGGGUUUGAAGGGAUGUUGGUGAGGAGGUUGAAGGAGUUCAUCGAGACCAGUACUGUGAGAGAUGAUGUUGAUGAAGGAGUCCUCGAAGGAGAUGGAGUCAUGGAGGUUGGGAGGCAGAUUGGGAUGGUUGAUGAGGCGAUUAGGGUUGGAGGGGUUGUUUAUGUGCUGGGGGAGAGCCAAAUUACGGCGGCCGCCGCCACCGGCGGGGAGGAGGGGAGGAAAGGUUGGAGGCUGUACAUGAAGAAAGUGACGUUGGGUUGCUUGUAUAACUGGUUGAGCAGGUGCGUGAGGCAGCCUGAUGAAGUUUUCAUGAUUCCUCGGCAGAGCCUCCUCAAGGUUGGGAUCACCUACGAGGUCUAGCAUUCAUGUGUUCCUUUCAGAAAGAAUACAAGUUAAAGAUAGUAGGAAAACUUUUUUUGUGGAUGAAUAUUUGGACAGUGAGACUUAUUAGUUCCAUACCAUUGAAUUUCGUUGAUUGUAGUAUUCUUGCAAGCUUAAUGGUUGGAAUAUAUAUGAUUAUAAUCGUUGAGGAAUGUAUUUUUUAUUAUGGAGAUGUUUUAAUUGUCACUAUUACGCGUCCAGAUUAAACUGAUCAGUUACAUAAAUUAGUGAUCAUUCUAACCAUAUUAUACGUUAAUCCCAAG